AUGGUCAUUCAGAGCACUCUUUCGACGCACUCCCUGUCCGUUAUGCUUCCCCGUUCCAUACAAUCAGAAAUGGUGACUGUUUCUGUCAAAAAGGGAGAUAGGUUAAACAUCGUGGCUGAUGCAUGGCACAUGGAGAAUGACUGUCACUACGAGUGGCAAGUACACUUUGCACCCGGCGACGCAGACAUGCCUAGUGUCCGUGCACGGUUUGCGCCUGACGGGAAACUUACCAUCACUGUUCAACGACGCAGUCCAGGGCAAACUUCAGGCUAUAGUCGGGGACCAUUGGGAACCAGGUUCUGA